AUGUUUGAAUCUUUCGAGACUGGGCUCGGCUCUGAAAUGCCAAUUUCCAUGCCUCUAUCCACAUCUAUGGGCACAAUUUUGGGACCAGAAGACAAUUUCGAGUCUGUGGAUGGUGUUGGUUUGUUCGAGUCUGAGAUGUACAUGUCCGGGAUGCACGGCGGGCACAGCGGCAGCAGAACCUCCUCGUUCAAGCGAUGUUUAUUUUUAAAAAAUAUCGGAACGCAGGAGAUCACCAACAGCUUGGUGACGGCAAUUGAGAUCCGUCCUUCGCCACUCUGCUACCUCCAUCUGCUUCAAGGUGGCGGAGCGGUUGGCGACGUGGCAGCUGAUGAAAAUGCCUUUGGCUGUCGAGAUUGGGACUUUGCCUGUGUUGUGACUGGUGUCUGGUACCGCGACCAAGAUGGAACCGAAGUUGCUGGAGCUGCCGUGUGUUGGGUAUACAACAUCGCCAUGAACUUGUUGCCCUUGAGUAGCGGCGUUUGCGGUGCAGAUCUCGGACCUGACCCUAGAGACGCCGCACUGGCGGUCAAGGCUUUUGGACCAAAUCGGCCGCGUCUCGCCCGUCUCAAGCACACCUCAGACCCACGCAAUGUGCUGGCAUACGCCUGCCCUCUCUCAAAAGCACCGAUGGAACCGAGGCUCAUUAUUCUCAUCACAGGAGAUAGCUGCGCCGGUAAAGACUAUUGCGCCGACGUCUGGGUCUCCAUGUUCCUCGAAUGCACCCAGAAAGGCCUCGUGGCGCGCGCAGUCAGCAUCAGCGAUGCGACUAAGCGAGAAUACGCGGCCGCUACCGGUGCCGACCUGAACUGUCUGCUUCAGGACCGUGCCUACAAAGAGCAACACCGAUCAGCGUUGACAACAUUCUUCCAGCACCAGGUGUCAAAUCGACCUCGGUUGCCCGAGGAGCAUUUUCUAAAUGUGGUAUAUGGCGCUGCAGAUGUAGAUGUGCUGCUAAUCACCGGGAUGAGAGAUGAGGCCCCGGUCGCGGCCUUAUCGCAUUUAGUGCCAGAUAGCAGACUGCUUGAGGUUCGUGUCAAAGCUAGCAAAGACACGCGGCGUGCUCGCCGAGGAUGUCAAGGCGGUGAUGAUGAUGGUGACAACAGCAGGCCAAAACCGAAGCCCUUGGACUGCCGCCCUAGUUUCAUAUUCGACAAUGACACGGUUGGAAGCGAGGCGGCUAAAAGGGUUGCCGAAGUCCACCUGCUUCCUUUCUUCGAUGAGGGCUUUCAGCGACUGGCAAAAAUGGUGCGCCCGGUACCCCACUUUCCACGACCUGGCGUCGAAUUCCGUCACGUGCUCAACAUAUCCCAACAACCGGGUGGGCUGAACCUGUGCACAUCUCUGCUACAGGCUCACUUUUCCGGUGAAUGGGCCAAAGCCGACGUAGUUGUGUGCUGCGAGGCCGGCGGCUUUGUCUAUGCGUCGGCGCUGGCUUUGCGGGUCGAUUUACCUUUGGUGCUAAUUCGCGAUGCCGGAAAACUCCCUCCACCCACUGUUUCCGUCUUCAGGUCUACGUCACACAUCUCAUCUUCGACAUCCAACGACCGAAAAGAAAAUAGGAUCGAGAUGGAACGGGAUUUGAUUCCCAGGGGUGCCUCAGUGGUGGUGGUGGACGAUGUGCUUGCUACGGGGAAGACACUUUGUGCGGCGCUAGAUUUGUUAGAUAAGGCUAACGUCGGUGCUAAGGAUAUCAGCAUCAUGGUCGUGGCUGAGUUCCCUGUUCACCGCGGCCGGGAAUUAUUGCGCCAACGCGGGUUUGGCGGAGUCAAUGUCCAAAGCCUUUUAGUCUUUAGUGGUGCUUAG